AUACACACGCACACGACAAGUACUUUCAAAAUGAUUGCUCCCGUUAAAAAUCUCCUUGCCAAGUCGAUGUUGACCCACAUCGGUCUCUCCCUCACCUUCGGAACCGCCGUUGCCUACGGUUUCUGGCACAAGAACGUCCUCCCCAACCGCGAGCUCCGCCAGAACUUCUACAUCCAAUACAACGCCAACAGAGUUUAAAGGAAAUUCCAUAGACUGCCCACUUCCUUUAUUUCGAAUGGCGUCGUUACUUGAUGCGACUAUACUUCCACUCCACUCUCGUUGUGCUAUAAUGAUCCAGCGUUGGUGAACAAUCAUUGACCACGUUUAGAUUCAAUAAAGCAUUUCUUUACGACAA